AUGGCUGGAAUCGCCUUGAACCCCGACGAAAUCCAAUUUAUAGUUCAACCUUACCAGUUUGAGCCACAUCGACGACCAGAACAACCCCUUUCAUCGUUAGAAUCUUCAAGUAAGAGCGACUCUGAGCGAGAUUCUGACAUCAACGCUGUUGCGACUGAUGAAUGGUGCACCUGUAAUAACUGCGUUGCUAUGCCCACUGCAACAGAGAGAAGAUGCUGUCAGAGCUUUGCAGUUUUCCAGCCAAAACUGGAUGAAGCCAGGAUAACCUGCAUCACAAUGCAUGAAGCCUUUCAAGUCAACUGCUUAAACCACCACGUCCUUGAGCUGUCCUUCUACGAGUAUCUAGAUUACAAUGGGCCUAUCGGAGAUGAAGAACCAGUCCAUGAACUCUACCGGUACAUCGCUUAUCGCAGAUACACCAGAUGGUUGUGGCAUCGCCAGGGGAAAAAGACCAGGAAAGUCAUUCCCUCAUGUUUUAUGAGUGCCAUUCGCACCAGAUUUCCAUCUGACGGGUUUACAGAAUUUAAGUAUCCUAGAGACUACUGA